AAAAUGCCCAUUAAUAAUGGCAGUGUGAUGGCAGAAUUCAUUCUCCUGGGGCUCACAGAUCGCCCAGAACUCCAGCCUCUGCUCUUUGUAAUAUUCCUGCUUGUUUAUCUUGUCACUCUCCUAGGUAACCUGGGCAUGAUCCUGUUAAUCAGACUAGACUCUCGCCUUCACACCCCCAUGUACUUCUUCCUCACUAACUUAGCCUUUGUGGACUUGUGCUACACUUCAAAUGCAACCCCACAGAUGCUAACUAAUUUCUUAUCGGAGAAGAAGACCAUUUCCUUUGCUGGCUGCUUUACACAGUGUUACAUUUUCAUCGCGCUGCUACUCACUGAGUUUUACAUGCUGGCAGCAAUGGCCUAUGACCGCUUCAUGGCCAUAUGCAACCCACUGCGCUACAGCGUGAAAAUGUCCAGGAAAGUCUGUAUCUGUUUGGCCACUUUUCCUUAUGUCUAUGGUUUCUCAGAUGGGCUGUUCCAGUCCAUCCUGACUUUCAGCUUGACCUUCUGUAGAUCCAAUGUCAUUAACCACUUCUACUGUGCUGACCCACCACUCAUUAAACUGUCUUGCUCUGAUACGUAUAUCAAAGAACAUGCCAUGCUUAUCUCUGCUGGUUUCAAUCUCUCCAGCUCCCUCACCAUCAUCUUGGUGUCCUAUGCCUUUAUUAUUACUGCCAUCCUCCGGAUCAAAUCAGCAGAGGGAAGGCACAAGGCAUUUUCUACCUGUGGUUCCCAUAUGAUGGCUGUCACCCUAUUCUACGGGACACUCUUCUGUAUGUAUGUACGACCACCAACAGAUAAGACUGUUGAGGAAUCGAAAAUAAUAGCUGUCUUCUACACCUUUGUAAGUCCAGUGCUUAAUCCAUUGAUCUAUAGUCUUCGGAACAAAGAUGUAAAGCAGGCCUUGAAGAAUGUCCUCAGACGAAAUAUGGUCACUAAGGUGGCAAUGCUUCCACUAGCUAAUAAACCAUGA